GACUACACAUCAGCAUCUGAGUUUUACACAACACCUUUACUGGUAUGGUGUAUGUGCCGAGGUAGAAAUACCGCUAGCUCACUGAUCUCUCUUGUCGCGGAGAGUAGAAUAUUUCCUCAACUUCCUCGCAGUGUUUUUAAGCGCCGAUUUACAGAAAGUAACAAGUGCGGGGAUUGGAGUCGGGAAUAAGAGCACGAGACGGUCACCAAGAUUCAUCGUGUCUGUUGCUCAACAACUAGAAACAUCUUUUAAGCAGAUUACUCUCAACUGUAGCUCAGCUUGCCGUACGUCUCAGAAAUGGCAAACUCAGGCGUUCAGUUGCUUGGGUUUGGUCUCUCACUGAUUGGCAUCAUUGGACUCAUCGUGGGCACCGUCCUCCCGCAGUGGAAAAUGUCCGCGUACGUGGGGGACAGCAUUAUCACCGCGGUCGCCACUUACCAGGGACUGUGGAUGUCCUGCGCUUUUCAGAGCACAGGGCAGCUUCAGUGCAAAAUCUACGACUCCAUUCUGCAAUUAGACAGUGAUCUUCAGGCGACCCGUGCGUUGAUGAUUGUGGGUAUCAUUGUGUCCAUUGCUGGUCUGGGUGUGGCCUGCAUGGGGAUGAAGUGCACAACUUGUGGAGCCGAUGACAAAGUUCGCAAGUCUCGCACGGCCAUAACAGGAGGCAUCAUACUGCUAGUGGGAGCCCUCUGCGCAAUUGUUGCCUGCUCAUGGUUUGCCCAUAAUGUGAUCCGAGCCUUCUACAACCCCUUCACCCCAGUGAACACCAAGUUUGAGUUUGGAGCAGCCAUUUUCAUUGCAUGGGGUGGUUCGUUUCUUGAUGUUCUCGGAGGAGCCAUGUUGGCGGCCUCGUGCCCUCGAAGUAAACAAGUGUCAAAGUAUCCUAAAAGUAACCCUCCUCGGUCUGCCAACAGCAACAAAGAGUAUGUCUGAUCAAGACUGCCUCUUACUGGACAGAGACUGAAACUUCAAAAGGUGAAGAAUCACUUCAACAGAAUAAUGGACAGGGCACGUUGUGUGGUUUUAAAUUGGGUAUACAGGAUGUGAGCUUACACAGCUGUCACUGAGGUGGAAAACAGAUCAAACUGACUAACACUCCUUCAUAAAAUGGGCAAAUCAGUUGCCCAAAAACUGUUUUUAAUAAAUAUAUUUACAAAGCCCUCUGGGAGUUUUUGGAUUCUAGGAAUAUAACGUCAGUGUAAAUGUUCACAGCAUGCUUCAGCCUCCAUUGUUUCGCUAAAGAAAGCAACUAGGUUGAUUUGUCUUUGCAAAAGAAGAGAAACUUGGAUAGUCAGAUAUGCUGAUGUUUCCAAGGUGCCCAAUAGGGAGCACUAUAAGCAACACUCUAAGCAAGUGUCGUCCAAAAUGGAGGGAGUUUUUCAAGAUCUGUUUUUGUUUUUUCAAUUGAAUGGUAACAGCUAACACUAUUAAUAAUGUUUAUAUGAUGAUACACAUACAUGGUUAAUACAAUGUAAAUGCAGUGUUUUACAGGUUGCUGAGGAUGAGGAAUAUCCUGUUAUUAGGAGUAAAACCCAUAUCUGCAUUUGUGUAACACAUUUCAGCAUUAAUACAUCACUUAUUUUUCACAUCCUGUUCAUGCUGUUAUCAUCCCUGAGCCCCCCUGAAAAUCUUCUAAAAUGAAUUUAAAAAAUGUGUUACACCU